GGGAAACCUCCGCAGAGCAUGGUCGACAGGUCGUUGCCGCCGGUGCACAAGUACCGCGUGGAUCCGAUGCUCCAUGAAGAUCCUCGCAUCGCUUCGACGCCCACCGCGGACCACGACGAUAGCGUCGCAGCAUCGCAAGACGAUUCGCACAAACGUGCCGACCCAUGGACAGCUUCCAGUAGGUCAAGACGCGUCGUCACCACGGCGGCAUCGCUUCGGUCGGACAAUUCGUCCACACAAGAGCACGAGAUGCUCCAUCAGCAUGUCAAGGUCGUGGUCGACAACCCUACGUCGCUGCACCACGUGGCCGAAGCGGCGGCCGCGAGCGACAUGACUGGCGGCGACCCCGCUCCAAACGCAGAUGUGAGACGCAAACGUGCUUCCGUGCACGCCUCCAAGUCGAGGCUGAAGAGCAUUAUCCUUGCAAAAACGGGCGGCCGGUUGGCGACGAUGAAACGCAUCUACCUCGAAGGCGCGGCGGCGGAAGCGAACCGACCAAGCAUUCAACCCCGUCCUCCGCGAAGCAUGGCGUCUUCUAGGUUCAUGCGAGCAGCGCAAGCAUCGAAAAAGUACACACUCAAGCGUAGUCUGAGCUUCUUUGCCGCUUCGACGCGGAGUUACGAUCCCAAUGUGCUUCGCCACACGCUCGAGGAGAUGCAGGAUGGCCGCAAGUACUUGUACGUGCUGCAUCCGAUGGGGAUGGCCAAGGUGCUGUGGGACUUUACAACCGCGCUGUUUGUGCUCGUGUACUGCUGGCUCGUCCCCGUUCAAAUGUGCUUUGACUUUUGGGACCCUGGCCCAUCCGUCGGCAGCUUCAUCGUGUUCCUCGACGUCUGGUUCAUCGUGGACAUGGUCGUGCGCUUUCGCACGGGCGUUGUCGAGUGCGGCGUCGUGAUCAUGAAUCCGUCCGACAUUUCCAAGCUCUACAUGAAGUCGGUUUGGUUUUACCUUGACCUGUUCUCGUCGUUGCCGGUCGAAAUCUUUCUCGGGAACAAAGCCGACAGCUUCACAGGCGCCACGACUCGGCACACGGUCAAGUUGGUCAAGUAUCUCAAGAUUCCGAAAUUGCUGCGGCUUGGCAGGUUGCUCAAAAACUUGCGCCGGUACAAGGGGUACACGGGCAUGCUGACAAUCAUGGGGUCGCUCUUUUUUCUCGUCCACGCGUGUGCAUGCAUUUGGGUCCUCGUCCUCAACCCGUGCGACGAAAACACGUUGGCGAUCGAACCCCUCUGCGACGACGCGCGGUUCUCCGAGCUGUACAUCAUGUCAUUUGAAGUCGCCAUCACGGCGCUUCUCGGCGUCUCGAAUGCCCAGAUCGAGUCGACGUCCACCAUCUUGGGCGGGGCCCAUAAAACAGGAACUCCCCCGCCGUACGUGUACCUGUGGUUUGCCAUCGUCCAGCCCGUCGGCGUCAUCUACACGGCGCUCAUCUUUGGCAACGUGAUCACGAUGGUGCACAGUUUUAACCGCAUCGGGAACGCGUUCCGAAAAAAGAUGGACCAAGUAUACCACGAAAUGGAAUCGCUGAGCUUGCCCAAACCCAUCCGAACGCGUGUGCUGGCGUACUACGACUACCUCUGGGUGAAUAAUCGAAACUUGUCCGAGACCAUGACGCUGCUCAACGACAAAGGCAUGUCCGAGCCGCUGCGCCAUCAAAUCGCCAUCUACUUGUACAAGGACCAGUUGCUCAAGAUCCCGUUCUUUCAGCACGCAUCGGACGACGUCCUCGGGAUGAUUUGCAUGAUGCUGCGCCAGGUCGUGUACAUGCCGAACGACUUUAUUUUCAAAGAGGGUGAAAUCGGCCGGGAAUUGUACAUGAUUGUCAAAGGAUGCGUCGAAGUGCUUCCUUCGGAGCGCGCGACGCCGGCUGUUAUUGGCACCAACGACGACGCCAUUCUCCUGGCAGACGGCGACUUUUUCGGCGAGAUUGGCAUUGUCAUGGAGGUGUUUCGAACGCGAUCUGUCCGGACCAAGACGAUGGCGGAGCUGUGCAUCCUCACCCGGAUUCAACAGCAUCCUAGGCGACUUUCCUGAGUUUGCCAACGAAAUGAAGAAGCUCGUCGUGAAGCGCAUCACCAUGUUGUACGGGAAUCGCAACCUGUCGCCGGAGACACUGGCCAAGAUCACGGCCAUUGCAGAAAAGAACAUGCAGCGUCGGAUCCGGGCGUACGGCGAAGUUGUCAACCAUCACCGUCGCAAACCGUCGGGGCUGCUCUUGGGACGGCGCGGCGCCAAGUUUGACUUGCUCAAGCGCCUCGACAUUCGACCGGAAAACGAGGAUACCACCGCGAUCGAUGCGGCAGAAUCCGACAGCCACUCGACCGAGACCAGCGAGGAGGACGAAAUCGACGACAAACUCGUAUCGGCUAAAGUCUGGAAGAUCGCGCGGCAGAUGAGGCGCAUCAAGGCCGACGCGGCCGCGCGCGACGCAGCCACGACAUCCACGUUAGCCACGAUUUUGACGACGAUUCAAGCCAUGCAAGCGAAAUUGGACGUGGGUGGCUAGGGCCGUCCAGGGAUGUCUUGGCAUGGACAUCACUUAAAACGGUGGCAUGUGGCCGACCGAGUGCUUAAGAGUAGCAACCUGUGGGGCGUCGAACCCCCCGCUAGGUGGUUUGUGACUCUGGGAGAUUCCGUGGCGUCGCAGCUUUCCUGGACGCUGCCUUGGCUCGGACACACGUGGGAGCACCCCGACCGUGAACGACGCUCCAAGGUCGCGCAACCUCAAACUCACGACAGUUGAAUAAAUAGCUCCAGUGUACGUUAACCUUAGUUGGGGUGAA